GUUGAAUUAUACGAGUAUCACAAUCCAUAAGCAUUUGUUUGUACACGACGGCGUUUAUGGGCUGAAAAGUAAUGAGAGACGUAAUCGAUCCGUUUUGGACAAAAGUUGGAAAUAUUGGCGAACUCUUCGCUUGUGCCGUUGACACCUAUCAAGCAGAGCGUUAAUCACAAUGUUGUCGUCAUACACAGGUUCAUCCCACAUAUCAACCAACUGGGUCAAUUCUGGAUACAUCUCAACACAUUCGGUCAUGGUAUUUGCAGUGAGAUACACAGCAACCUUCUUGUUCAAAGGUUGGAGUUUCAUAGGAAGUCCUAUUAUGCCUGGAAAUCUCAACUUGAGGGAAUCUCAAAUAAAAAUACUUGGAAGUGAUUUGAACAUUGCAUUCGAAAUGGCGAUAGGUGAUCGAAUGGACAAUUUACUGAGCCUGCAGACGAAAGGAAGUGUUUUGCAGAACGAAGAAGUUUAUGAAGAACCAAGUAAUUUACAGUAUUUCAAACAUCUAGCUUCUAUUCCAACACUCUCCUUGGCUGCACCUAACUUUCUACAAGCAUCGGAUGUUGAUAGCUGUCAAAAUCCUCAUGCUUGUCUCCACUCCGAAGGCUCGGAAGAUGGACAGUUAAUCACUGCUGACGAAGUUUUGCUUGAUCUACGGACGGAAGAGCGAAGGUCACAACAACAGGCUCCACAUCAGAUCCUCGAAGACGUGCGAUUUGCAAAGAAGAGACUGAUUGCAGAAGCUAUUUUCAUACCGAUCGCGUAUUGAUCGGUAUGAAAAUAGAUCAGCUCAAAUGCAGAGCGACUUCGAGCACGCAAGAAGGGAAGUAGAUGAAGCUCGUGAAGAGUGCGACAUUGUGAAGAGUAUGUGGUUGUACGUGGUUGUAUCCGGUUCUAAUUUUGAUAAU